AUGACUACAACAAUUAAGCCAACACCUACCGAAUCGCAGGCGCCAAGUCUAGAGUGGCAGUAUGCUGCUCUUAUCAUCGGGAUAAUUGUCCACAUAGGGAUCAUGUUUGGAUCCUCAACUGCGUUUAUCCGGAGAUGGUUCGCGGGUACAUGGGCGGCAGACUUGCUUACUCCGCCAGUAGUAACUGCAGAGAGAGCAGCUGCGACUACGGAGGCAGCGGCAGUGGUGGCCGAACGGAGAGAUGCGGGGACGGAGAGAGGAGCUGCGGCAGCCGAACGAGGAGCUGCGGCAGCCGAACGAGGAGCAGCAGCCGGCGAGCGGGAGAGGGCGGCCAACGAGUGGGGAGCAGCGGCCAGUGAGCGGGGGAGGGCGGCCAACGAGCGGGGAGCAGCGGCCAGCGAGCGGGGGAGGGCGGCGGCCGAACGGGGAGCGGCGGCGAGUGAGCGGGGAGCGGCGGCGAGCGAGCGGGGGAGAGCCGAAGUAGAACGCAGAGAAGCCCAAUCUGCACGCGCAGCCGUUGAUAUUGAAAUCAAAGCGACCCGAGAGCAUCAGAGGAUGACCGACGCGUUCUGGAAAGCAUACGCCACCACCCAACAGGACAUUCUUACUCAACAAAAAUAUACCAACACCCUGCUCCUGAAUUUGCUACACAUUGUCAGCAGGGGGCGAAAAGAUGGGCCAGGAGGGAGCGGCACGGGGGAUAGAGGGAGUGGCACGGGGGGGGAUUCUUCUGAGGCGGACUUAGACUGA